CUCCCUCCUCCAGAUCAGUCGGCGGCUCGCUCUGCUUCCACUCGCAGCCGCGGAAACUUCGUGCGAGAUACGAAGGUUUUGGAUUAUUUGAUCGAAAAAACGGGGGACUCUAGCCGCUGAAAUAAGGUUACGAGGCUCUCGGCGCGCGCGGACGCAAAAAAAAACCCCGGUGUCUCUCUCUCUCUCGUGCGCGCUCUCUCUCUCUUUUUCUCGCUGGCUUUUUAGAAAUGCAACUCCACUCGCCUUAGAGAUUCAGUCCUGGAUUUGCUGCCCGGCUCUUCGGACGAGGUUCGUCUCAAAGACCGCAUCGUACGCAAAAAAAAAUAGACGGCUGGCCACGUUUUAGACGGUGACGGAUAAAAAAAGAAAAAAGAAAAAGAAGAAGCGAGCCCGGUGGAGAAGCCCUACUCUCGGAUCGAGGAUUUUGUGGAUUAAUACUUCUGAAGACACGGCGACGAGCUCCGGUUUUCAUGGGAUAACUGUGAUAGUAGCGUUUAGACAUAAUUAGGCCCCAGCUUUGUUUUUUUUUUCCCUCUCUCUCUCUCUCUUAUUCUAGCACACAGCUAGAUGGAGAGGUUUCUGGCUGUGCUCAUUUGCUGGGAAUCAGCACGGAGCACGCGUUAAAGGGGUCAGUCCACAGCACCACAUCCCCAAGUGAAGAUCCUAACCCAUCCAGGCUGCACGCGCAGGGCUGGAGCAGGUUUCUUUUUUUUUAAAGCUGUGAAUUUUUAAUUUUUUUUUUUUUUUUUGAACUAGUCUUAAAUGCCCGGUGGGGAUGGUGGUGGAUCCCCGGUGGAAACGCUGACUGUUUUUCGGUGAUCUGGUCUGCAGGAGAAGGCGACAGAGACUGGCGUAUGCUACAGAUUCCCUCUGCUCAUCCGGCUCCCAGCUUUUCCACCGUAUCUUCUCAGGCUGCUUGUCAUUGCCUGGACUCGGAUCCCGGAAUCUUCAUGAUUUGCGGACACCAUGCUCGUUUUUUAGCCGGGAAACCCUCUUUUCGUCCCGCAUGUUUAGGACCAAACGAUCGGGGCUCGUCCGGCGACUCUGGAGGAGCCGUGCGCCCGUGGAGGGCGACGGGGAGGCGGAUAGAGGGACGCAUGGCUCCGGGGGCUGCUGCAUGGGCAAAACGACAAAGGUGGCCAAGUCCAACGCAGGAUCGGAGGCUGAAUUGAAGGCGUUGACCCACUCGAUACUGAAAAAGAUCAAAGAGAAACAAUUAGAGGUGCUUUUGCAGGCGGUGGAGUCCAAGGGGGGUGCCCGCAGCCCCUGCCUGCUCCUGCCCAGCAAAGUGGACGCCAAAGUGGGUCAACAGUCUUACUCUCUCCCCAUGCUGCUCUACAAAGUGUUCAGGUGGCCGGACCUCAGGCAUUCCUCGGAGCUGAAGAGGCUGUCUUGCUGUGAAUCCUACGGGAAAAUCAACCCAGAGCUCGUUUGCUGCAACCCGCACCACAUGAGCAGGCUUUGUGAACUCGAGUCUCCUCCUCCUCCAUACUCGCGCUAUCCCAUGGAUUAUCUUAAACCACCAGAUUCUCCAGACUCUGGACCUUCAUCCAGUGAUACUGGGGGAACGACAUACUCUGCCCCUGUGGGGCUUUCAGAUUCCCUGGCGUUGCAGGAGUCUGGCGAGCGGACCCAUUGGUGCGUGGUGGCAUACUGGGAGGAGAAAACACGCGUCGGGCGCCUCUACUCAGUCCAGGAGCCCUCUCUGGACAUCUUCUACGAUCUACCUCAGGGGAACGGCUUCUGCCUGGGCCAGCUCUGCUCCGACAACAAGUCCCAACUGGUGCAGAUGGUGCGGGCCAAGAUCGGCUACGGCAUCCAGCUAACGCGCGAGCCGGACGGGGUGUGGGUCUACAACCGCAGCUGCUACCCCAUCUUCAUUAAGUCGGCCACACUGGACAACCCGGACUCGCGCACGCUGCUGGUGCACAAGGUGUUCCCCGGAUUCUCCAUCAAAGCUUUUGACUAUGACAAGGCCUGCAGCCUGCAGAGGCCCAACGACCACGAGUUCACGCAGCAGCCGCGCACGGGCUUCACGGUGCAGAUAAGCUUUGUCAAAGGCUGGGGACAGUGCUACACCAGACAGUUCAUCAGCAGCUGCCCGUGCUGGUUGGAAGUCAUCUUCAACACGCGAUAGCAGCAGCCUUCCUCUUCUUCACCGUCACCUCUUCACAAACAGACUUACAUCCUUUUUUUUUUCAGUUUUUUUUUUUUUUGUUUCCAGAGGUUCAAACUCACACACACACACUCAAAAAAAAAAAAGGAUUUAAAAGAAGAAGAAAGUAUAAAAUUCUGGUGGACUUUGUUUAAUAAAUGACUAAGAUUUAAUUAAGAAGCGAAAAAAAUGUAUUUUAUGUUAUAUAUAAAUAUAUUAUUAAUUGUAAAUAUGAAGACGUUUUAUAUGCAUCAUUAUUUAUGUAUUGUGCAAUGUGUUGAUGAGAAAAAGAAAAGAAGAUGCACUUUGCUUAAUAUAAAUGCAAAACAAGAAAUGCCAAAAUAAAAAAAAAAAA